UGGACGAGAUUUAUAUGUUUGAAAGGUUUCUUUGACUUACUUUUAUUACACCACCAAUACACCAAUACUGAAUCUUCUUUGCUCAUUUACAUCUACCACAUGUGUGAACACGUCAGUCACGUUAAACUAGUGGAGAAAUGCAAGGCCUUUGCAGGUGAAAUGUUUGCCCGCCAGGGUCAGCGGCCUUUUCGAGCAGCAUAAACCGACAGGACACUUACCCUCAAACAAAACACUCUGACCCCGAGUUCCAACCAAGCCCAAUUCUGUUCAAUAAGAACACGUGAAUCACUGCCAAGGUACACAGUGUGUCAUCCUCUACCCAAGUGACAAGCCGCCACAACUACUACUACCGGGUUGACUGAACAACUGCACGUCUGGAUACUGGACUUAAUCGUAGGAGGGCUGCUGCAGCUUUCAUUUGACUCCUUUUGUUAGAUCCAAUGAUAAGUUUCAAUCAAGGAUAAGAAACUUCGUUUCCUCUUAAAAAAGGAGAACGUGUAGUCAUCCAGUAAUUAUUCUGCUGCUGGACUCUCCUUUUGCUUUUCCUAGAUAAGUCAUCAUGCCAAAUGGAUCAGUUAAAUUGCAAAGCAUUAAAAAGCUGGGACAGGAAAACCACAGCUAUGACUUUACAAAUGAAGAACCAGCUGGCUCCUACAUGACCAUGACAAACUCCAAGGACAAUGAGAAAGGUCAGAAAAAUGUAGAUCAACCAGCGAUCAGGGUUGGCUUCUUUCAGCUGUUCCGCUUUGCCACGUGCAAACAGGUGCUGAUGAUGGCGGCCGGUAGUUUUUGCGCGAUUCUCCACGGCUCGGCCCAGCCCCUCAUGCUGCUGGUGUUCGGCCUGCUCACCGACACCUUCAUCGAGUACGACAUCGAGCUCAACGAGCUGGCCGACGACAGGAAGGAGUGUGUGAAUAACACCAUCCAGUGGAAGAGGAACUACACUGCUGCAGACACUCUGAACCAGACCAACUGGAGCCUCAUGAACAAUUCAACACUGGAGAUGCUCAUACCGCUGAAGAACAGGUCGUGUGGGAUUCUCGACAUUGAAUAUGAAAUGACGUUAUUCGCCUUCUAUUACGUUGGAAUCGGAGCUGCUGUAUUUGUGCUGGGAUACUUUCAGAUAUCCUUGUGGGUGACGGCGGCUGCCAGGCAGAUCCAGCUCAUCAGGAAACUGUACUUCAGCAAAGUGAUGAGGAUGGAGAUCGGUUGGUUCGACUGCACCUCUGUGGGGGAGCUCAACACUCGCAUGUCAGAUGAUAUCAACAAGAUCAACGAUGCCAUUGCGGAUCAAGUUGCCAUCUUUCUGCAACGCUUCACCACCUUUGUGUGUGGUUUCUGCGUUGGCUUUGUGAAAGGAUGGAAGUUAACGCUUGUCAUUGUCGCAGCAAGUCCACUGAUAGGCAUUGGAACUGGUCUUAUGGCUCUGUUUGUGGCUAAGCUAACAGGGAUGGAGCUGCAGGCCUACGCCAAAGCUGGAGCUGUAGCGGACGAGGUUCUCUCAUCCAUCAGGACUGUGGCUGCUUUUGGUGGAGAGUUAAAGGAAGUGCAAAGGUAUGACAAGAACCUGGUUUCCGCACAGCGCUGGGGCAUCAGAAAAGGUCUGAUCAUGGGCUUUUUCACCGGAUAUAUAUGGCUGAUCAUCUUUCUGUGCUAUGGUCUCGCCUUCUGGUAUGGCUCAAGUCUGGUGAUAGACACUGAAGAGUACACACCAGGAACUCUACUGCAGGUGUUCUUUGGUGUAUUGAUAGCAGCCAUGAAUUUGGGGCAGGCCUCCCCAUGUCUGGAGGCAUUUGCUGCAGGCCGAGGAGCUGCUACCAUCAUCUUUGAGACUAUUGACAGAGAGCCGGAGAUUGAUUGUUUAUCCGAGGCUGGGUAUAAGCUCGACAGGGUCAAGGGAGAUAUUGAAUUUCACAAUGUGACCUUCCACUACCCCUCCAGACCUGAAGUUAAGAUCCUGGACCAGGUCAGUGUUGCAGUGAACUCAGGGGAGACCACAGCCUUUGUUGGUCCAAGUGGAGCUGGGAAGAGUACUGCUAUUCAGCUCAUUCAACGGUUCUAUGACCCUAAAGAGGGAAUGGUGACCCUGGACGGUCAUGACAUCAGAGGGCUGAACAUCCAAUGGCUGCGCUCACUGAUUGGCAUUGUGGAGCAGGAGCCUGUGCUGUUUGCCACCACCAUUGCUGAGAAUAUUCGCUACGGUCGACCCGGCGUCACCAUGGAAGACAUCAUCGCUGCUGCAAAAGAGGCCAACGCCUACAACUUCAUCAAGGAACUGCCACAGGAAUUCGACACCUUGGUGGGGGAGGGCGGAGGUCAGAUGAGCGGCGGUCAGAAGCAGCGUAUUGCCAUCGCUCGAGCACUGGUUAGGAAUCCUCGUAUCCUACUGUUGGACAUGGCAACCUCUGCUCUUGACAACGAAAGCGAGGCUAUAGUUCAAGAGGCUUUGGAUAAGGUACGCAUGGGUCGCACCACCAUCUCUAUCGCUCACCGGCUGUCCACCAUAAAGAACGCUGAUGUGAUCGUCGGCUUUGAGCACGGCCGAGCUGUGGAGAGGGGCAAACACAACGACCUGCUGGAGAGAAAGGGGGUCUACUUCACGCUCGUCACCCUGCAGAGCCAAGGAGACAAGGCUCUGAAUGAGAAGGCUCGGCAAAUGGCUGACAAAGAAGAAGAGGCCGGGAGGCUGUCCAGAGCUGGCAGCUACCGUGCCAGUUUGAGAGCUUCGAUCCGUCAGCGGUCCCGAUCCCAGCUGUCUAAUCUGAUCCCAGAGUCCUCUGUUCCCAUGGCUGGAGAGCUUGGCCCCAGAGCCUACGCUGUAUCACAGGCAGACAAAUCCAAGAAUGCGAUCCCAGAGGAGGAAGAAGAACCUGUGGAGCCUGCUCCAGUUGCCAGGAUCCUCAAGUACAACAUACCGGAGUGGCCCUAUAUGCUGUUUGGAUCCUUUGGGGCUGCCAUUAAUGGGGGAGUCAACCCUGUCUACUCUCUGCUGUUUAGUCAAAUCUUGGCGACAUUCUCAGUAAUAGAUCCUGUGGCUCAGAGGAAGGAGAUUGAUAGCAUCUGCCUGUUCUUUGUCAUGGUCGGCGUCGUCUCUUUCUUCACUCAGAUGCUGCAGAGUUAUGCCUUUUCCAAGUCUGGAGAGCUGCUGACCCGCAGGUUACGGCGACUCGGCUUCCACGCCAUGCUUGGCCAAGAGAUCGGCUGGUUUGAUGAUCACAGAAACAGCCCCGGAGCUCUGACCACACGUCUGGCGACUGAUGCCUCACAAGUUCAAGGAGCCACGGGCUCGCAGAUCGGCAUGAUUGUCAACUCUCUGACCAACAUUGGUGUGGCCAUCUUAAUGUCCUUCUACUUCAGCUGGAAGCUCACGCUGCUCAUCCUGUGCUUCCUGCCGUUCAUCGCUCUGUCGGGUGGCUUCCAGGCUAGGAUGCUUACAGGGUUCGCGAAGGAGGAUAAGCAGGCCAUGGAGCGUGCCGGACGGAUUUCCGGCGAGGCUUUAAACAACAUCCGGACCAUCGCCGGCCUGGGGAAGGAGAGGAGCUUUGUGGACCUGUACGAGGCCCAGCUCGACGCUCCGUACCGAAUGGCCCUGAAGAAGGCCAACGUGUACGGGGCCUGCUAUGGUUUCGCCCAAUGCGUCAUCUUCUUGACCAACUCCGCUUCAUACAGGUUUGGAGGUUACUUGGUGCGACAGGAGGGACUUCACUUCAGCUUGGUGUUCAGGGUUAUCUCAGCCAUCAUCACCAGUGGAACAGCGCUCGGCAGAGCCUCCUCCUACACACCUGACUACGCCAAGGCCAAGAUCUCAGCAGCGCGCUUCUUCCAGCUGCUGGACCGUGUGCCUCAGAUCAGCGUCUACAGCCAGAAGGGAGAUAAAUGGGAUAACUUCCAAGGGAACAUAGACUUCAUUGACUGCAAGUUCACCUACCCAACCAGGCCAGACAUCCAGGUCCUGAACGGGCUGAACGUGUCAGUGAAGCCCGGCCAGACGUUGGCCUUUGUGGGCAGCAGCGGCUGUGGGAAGAGCACCAGCGUGCAGCUGCUGGAGAGGUUUUAUGACCCAGACCAGGGCAGAGUGCUGAUUGAUGGCCACGACUCGACUUGUGUCAGCGUGCCCUUCCUGCGCUCCAAGAUUGGCAUCGUGUCCCAGGAGCCCAUCCUGUUCGACUGCAGUAUCGCAGAGAACAUCAAGUACGGAGACAACCUGCGGGAGAUCGGCAUGAAUGAGGUCAUCUCGGCCGCCAAGAAAGCCCAGCUGCAUGACUUUGUCAUGUCGCUCCCUGAGAAAUACGACACCAACGUCGGCGCGCAGGGUUCUCAGCUUUCUCGCGGACAGAAGCAGCGCAUCGCCAUCGCCAGGGCGAUCAUACGCGACCCCAAGAUCCUGCUCCUGGACGAGGCCACCUCCGCCCUGGACACCGAGAGCGAGAAGACGGUGCAAGACGCCCUGGACAAAGCCAGAGAGGGACGGACCUGCAUCGUUAUCGCCCAUCGCCUGUCCACCAUUCAGAACUCUGACAUUAUCGCCGUCAUGUCCAGGGGCUUUCUGAUGGAGAAAGGAACGCACGACCAGCUCAUGGCCCUGAAGGGAGCCUACUACAAGCUGGUUACCACAGGAGCCCCAAUCAGUUAACUGCUCGGGGGAAACAGCAGCCGAUUAACAAAGCAGCCAAGAGAGACGAAUGGAAGGAGCAGCGAUGUCGCCGUACGGCGUGAGAAAGCCAGGACUGGAAGGAUGUAAAAAGAUACACCUGUUCACUCGUGCAGUAUUUAUUUGUGUGGGGGUAUUUUAAGGUGUUGCUGUUUAUCUCUCAGAUACUGGGUCUAUCCCAGUAGCCACACUUGCAGUCUUAAGCACCAAAGUGCACGUUCACGCACCAGCAGGCAGCAGAAUGUUGGCAUUUCACCAGUCUACUGCGGCAAACCAGCUCUUUGGUUAGGGGUAAUGUGACUACAAGCUGGUUUAUGACCAUUAAUAAAUCAACAUGACGACAUGCAGAAGCUGAAUUUCCAUGCUUUGCUGGAUUCAGCCUGAAUAUUUAUAUAUUCCUUGUCCAAACAGUUAUUUACAGUCACUUACUCUCUAAUACAGAAAAUCUAUUCUUCUUGCUGGGUGAUAAGAAUUCUAUAUAUAGCAUAAAUAAUUAAGAUUGUAUCUUUUUAUCAGGGGUUUUUCAGGCAUAGUAAGAGAGCUAGAUGAGAAGCUUGCAUAAACACUGGAAGCGGGGAUAACCAGCUCGGUCCAAAAUAAACAAAAUGAUUGUUAAUGAGUGAAAUUUAAAGGUGCUAAUUUGGAUUGUUCCAAGUCAAACUCUUCUUUUAAAUGUUCAAAAUUGUCUCAUAUGUACAGUGUGUUUGUAGAUAAAUCCAAUUGAAUCGCUUCAUGAAUUGUUUCCCUCCUCCCCGGCUCCUGAAUGUUUCAUUCUGUCAUCUGAUUGUAACUGUGAUUCUGUAUAAAUGCUCCUAUUUUUUUUAUGCUUUGUUUGGAAAAUAAAUGAAACUAUCAAAGUGUCCGAGCUCGACGGAGCCGCAGUAUUUACGUGUGAAUAUGAAUAAUUCAUCAUUGAAGCGUGUCCCAGAGAGCGCUGAUAAACUGCCACAUGCUUGUGGUCUUAACAGGCACCUGGACCUGCUGCCAGCUACUGAAAAUACAUCACACAAGCCGGCAACAUUGUGCAAUUUGCAGUUUGAAAUCUGUAUAUUUUAGUUGUUGCUCAUAAAAACUAUUAUAGUGUGAUUAAAUCUGGAAUCACACAUUUUCAGAGAUAAAUAUCAUAUAUGAUCAGUAAUGUUUACUGUUUAUAACAGGGUUAAAUGUGGG